GAACUUCAUGGCGUUUAGAGGCGAAUUUUCGUCCAACUCGCGAUACUCGAUUGAUUCGUAGCACAACUCCGCAAUAAAUUCUAAUGCACGUCGAGCUGCACGUCGGAACCACAGCCCGAGGUAAAGUUUUCAGGUUAUGUCACAAAGGUGCGCUUUUUCCUUUUUUCAACCUAAUAUUACAAUCACGUGAGAUAUAACAGAAACAUCGUAUAUAAAACUUUCUUGUAUCUUUCAUACAAACGUUGAUUUUGAAGCCGUUAGGAUAGACAUAGUCGCAUUGUUUAUGAGGUUAUGUUAUGUGUCGUACAAUUUUUUUUCAAUUUGCAAACAAUCGAAAGAAAUAUUAGAAGUAUUGUUACCCGUAUAUAUAUAAUGCGUUUACGUAGUACAUAAAUUUUAUGUUACACAAUAAGAUUACACAAUGUUAUCGCACAUUUUGCGUAUCCGCAAUGACGUCCACACUGUUUUUUUUACGUCUGUCAAAGUGAAUCUGACGUGCGUUUGGAGGAAGCCAAAAAAUUUGUAAUGGCGGUGAUGAGUGCGUAAUUGCAAAUGUGUGUAGACAUAUUUGUAAAACUGUUACUUGGAAUCGUGUAGAAAAAAUCUCAACCUGUGAAAAUGGGAAAGGGAUUCAAUAAUUACAUGUGCAAGAAAUUCUUCCAUCCAGCGUCGCGAGAUAAUUUGAAACGAGUAUGGAUGGCAGAACAGCAAGCAGAGGCUUAUAAGAAAAAGCAAGAAGAAUUGCGAGUUCAAUAUGAGAAGGAACAGGAUCUUCAUAAUAAUAAAGCAUUACUCAGCAAAGAAAGUAAGGAUAAACUUAGUGUAAACUUCAUGUAUGAACCACCUCCUGGAGCAAAAAAAGAGAGAGAAAAAGAGGAUAACGAGCCUGAAUAUAAGUUUGAGUGGCAGCGAAAAUAUAAUGCUCCUAGAGAGAGUUAUUGUAAAGGUGAUAGUGAAAUUCGAGAUCAACCAUUUGGUAUACAAGUAAGAAAUGUACGCUGCAUUAAGUGUCACAAAUGGGGGCAUAUAAAUACAGAUAAGGAAUGUCCUUUGUACAGUCAAGCAAUGAGUGUUGUAAUGGCAAAUAAUUCACAAACACCAUCUGCCCCAGACACAAUGACACUUGUACAACAGAUGCGAGAAGAUGGUUUAGCUCUAAAAAAAUCUGCAUUAGAUGCCCAACAACACUUACGAGUUCCAGAGCAUGAGCAUCUUAUGGUUUCUGAAGAUGAAGAACAGUCGGAAUUAUCGUUUCUCAAAUCUCUGUCAAAGAAAGAAAAGAAGAAAUUAUUAUUGAAACUACAGUUAUUGGAGAAAAAAAAUCGCAAGAAAGCAAAGAGAAGACUGAAAAAGAAGAAAAUGAGCAGUAGCAAACGUAGCAAUAUUAGUGAUAGCACCAGCAGUAGUAGCAGUAGUAGUGAUAGCGAUAGUGAUAGCAGCAGUAGUAGCGAUAGUGAUAGCAGCAGCAGCGACUCGGAAAAUUCCAAUGUGAAGAAAGAUAGAAAGAAACGAAAGAAGUCGGUCUCUAAAGAAAAGCAUACUCAUAAGACUCACAAGCACAAGAGUAAACGUAGUGAUACGCACAAGCACAAACAUAAGGAGAAGAACGGCAAUGCUAAACAUGAUAGAGACAAGAGUCACUCCAACAGGAAGAAAAAAAUUAAAGAGGAAGAUAAGGACAGAGAUAAGGACAAGUUGCGACACAGUGAAGCAAAGAGAAAACACACGCACCAUUAAUGAUUAUUUUUGCAAGACCCGUGAAAUGAUAUCUCCUGUGAAAAUAUAAUAAAAAUAUACUUAUCAUGUUAACAA